UAAGUAUUUACGGGCAAUGUAUUCCAUUUCCACAAAGGAUUUGUUUUCCCCUUUUCCGUGUCUGAUAAGGAUUAGGAGCUCUGCUUUGCUCAGCAAACGUAAAUAAAUAGCAGACGAGGUCACUCUGCAUCUUCUGCGCCAUUGAUUCCGCAACACCACACACGACAAUGGCUCCUCCUCGUUCCGCAUCUUCCUCACUCAAAUCAAGAGCCACGGCUGUCCUAUCAGCCGCCGCCUCCGUCACCGCCACCGUCAUGGUGGCUCGAUCCCUGGCAAACGACUUCCUCCCUGCCGAAUUCCACGACUACGUCUCCUUCCGCAUCCGCAAGCUCCUCAGCCGCUUCUCGUCACAGUUCACCAUGGUCGUCAACCAAUUCGACGACCGAUUGGUCCCCAACCAAAUCUACGACGCCGCCGAGACCUACCUCGCCGGCAGGGUCAGCCCGUCGACCACGAGGCUCAACGUCAGCCAGCCCGACAAGGAGAACAGCGUUCAGGUUAGGAUGGAGAGCCACGAGGAGGUCGUGGACGAGUUCCAGGGCGUGAAUUUCAGGUGGGUUCUGCGCUCCAAGAAAAUCAAAUCCUCAACUCGGCGACUCGGAUCGUCUCGAAGAAGUACCGAUGACGACUCCUCCUCCAUACUGUCCCUCUCGCACGCUCGGCGCUUCGAGGUCAGCUUCCCCAAACAGCACGAAAAAAUGGCGGUCGAAUCCUACUUCCACCACAUCGUGAGGGAAGCCAGAGCAAUGAAGGAGGAGAAGAAGACGCUCAAGAUCUUCACCGUGGAGCCGGAGAAUCUGUACGGUAACAUUUCCAAGGUAUGGACCGGUGUAAAUUUGGACCACCCGGCCACGUUCGACACCCUGGCGAUGGACGCAGGGGUCAAGACCGCGAUCCUGAAGGACCUGGCGCGGUUCGUCAGGAGGAGGGACUACUACAGAAAAGUCGGCAAGGCGUGGAAAAGAGGAUACCUAUUGUACGGCCCGCCGGGGACGGGGAAAUCGAGCCUGAUCGCCGCCAUGGCGAACUACCUCAACUUCGACGUCUACGACCUGGAGCUGACGCAGCUGAGGGAGAAUUCGGAGCUCAGGAAGCUGAUCAUCGCGACCGCGAACCGGUCGAUUCUGGUCGUGGAGGACAUUGAUUGCACAAUCGAUUUGCAGAAUCGGUCUGCGGCCAAGCAGAAACACCAUAAUCCCCAUCAUCAUCCGCCGAGGCGGCAGGUGACGCUGUCGGGGUUGCUGAAUUUCAUCGACGGGUUGUGGUCGAGCUGUGGCGACGAGAGGAUCAUCGUGUUCACUACCAAUCACAAGGAGAAGCUUGACCCGGCAUUGAUGCGGCCCGGGAGAAUGGAUGUGCACAUCAAUCUGUCUUACUGUACUCCUUGUGGGUUCAGGAUUCUGGCUUCCAAUUACCUUGGAGUGAAGGAUCAUAGUUUGUUUCCUGAGAUCGAGGAGCUCGUCUCGAGGUGCCAGGUGACUCCUGCUGAAGUCGCCGAGCAGCUAAUGAGGAAUGACGAUGAUGAGGAUGAUGAUGAUGAUGCUGGUGACCCUCAAGAUGUUCUUACUAGGCUGAUUGAGUUCCUGAAAUCGAAGGACGAAUUGAAAGUAGAAUCGUUAGAAACAAGUAAGAGCCAAGAAACCCAAGAGAUUAAGAAAGGUGGACUAAGCAGCAGCCUCGACAAUUCUUGAUUGGAAGAUUUAUGCCAUAUGUAGUUUAACUAGUAGUAUUUUAUAAUUAUAUUCUAUGUCAUAUUCAUUUUAAAUGUUGGGUUCAUAUUUUUGAAUUACAUUAUGAAAGUUAUUAUUUUCAUUUAUAGCAUUAGUGAUCUUGAGGAGAAAACGUGUUGCCUAAGGAAUCUAGUAGAUUGUCGUGUUUAUGUGAAGAAUGAGUUAUGAGUCUAAAUCUCGAGACUUGUCAAUUCUAUUAGUCUAAGUCUUUCUCCCUUUUAAAUAUACUUUAGUCUAACAU